AAUCAAACCCUAGCUAUUCCAUUUAAUUUAGGUUAUUAGUUUGCUAUUUUAUACAAUUUUCCCUAAACAAAAACGGUGAAACAUGAGAGAUGAUGAAAUAUUUUCGGUAAGUCUAAAAAACAGAAUCCUAAAAUAAUUUGGUAAAAUGUAUUUAGAAUCCUAGUUACCUUCUACCUCUAUAUUUAAUAUUUAUGUUCAAUAAAAUAAAAAGUAAAAACAAAUUGAAAAACUUAACUUUUGUGUGCCUCGAAGUUAACUGACAGAGUAAAAAGAGUUCUACCGUCAGUGCACACACAAGUUAAUAUAUAUAUAUAGAUAGAUAGCACAUAUUGAAUAUAAUUAUGUAAACCAAAUAAUCUAAUUAGAAAAUCUCCAUGUAUAAACCAAAUCCUUUUCCUUAUCCUUUUCAAAUUUGUAAUUUGAUUUUGAUACCUAUAAAUAUUAUAGCACACUCUUGAACCUUGUCCUUUUCAAACGCUCUGAAGGAACAUUAACGCUUGCUUUUGUAUAGUUCAAUGGCGAAAUCAACUAUUGUAACAAAGACAGAUUUGAAAAGAAUGGAUGAGCAACUUGAGAGGCAUUUAGAUAAACUAUUUAGGAAGGGUUGUGACGAGACAAAAAGUUUGGAAGUGACGAAAAAACAAGAAUGGGAAUUGGAUCCUACGAAACUUAAAAUUAACGUCAACCAUCUUAUUGCUGAAGGGGCAUACGGAUCAGUUUACAAAGGUUAUUAUAAUGGACAACAAGUUGCAGUAAAAAUACUUGAUUUGAGCAAUGAACAAAGAAGGGAUAUACUAACAAACGCUUUCACGCAAGAAGUUUCUAUAUGGUACAACCUACAUCACCCAAACAUCGCAAAGUUAAUCGGAGCUUCAAAAAGAUUGCCCCAAUUGGUUAAUUCUGAAUCUACAAGUGGUAAACCAUGGAUGAAAAAAUGGAUUAAUGAGCUUACCAAUUGCAUCCCGUGGUUGAGAAAUCGUUCAUUGGAAAAACAACGAUCAUUCGAAUAUGGUAUCGUGGUUGAAUAUGUCCCUGGAGGCACUCUCAGAUCACAUCUCUUAAAAAAUCAUAUCAAAAAGUUGCCGUUGAAUUCUGUUAUUCAAAUAGCACUAGAUAUUGCAAGAGGGUUGAGUUACCUUCAUUCUAAGAAAAUUGUGCACAGAGAUGUAAAGACUAGUAAUUUAGUUAUGGACAAGGAUGGAAGAGUCAAAAUAAUCGAUUUUGGAGUUUCUCGAAUUGAAUCUUCAUGUCCUCUUGACAUGACUGCCCAAAUUGGCACCAUUGGUUACAUGGCUCCUGAGAUACUUAUUGGUGUACCAUAUGAUCAUAAAUGUGAUGUCUAUAGUUUUGGAAUUUGCUUGUGGGAGAUAUAUUGUUGUUCUAUUCCAUAUAAUGGAAAAAUUCCUUCUUCUGACACAAGUCCAUGUAAAUACAAGAGUCUAAGGCCAGAAAUACCAAACAAAUGUCCAAGUGUUGUGGCCAACAUAAUGAAGCAAUGUUGGCAUGCAGACCCAAAAGAGAGGCCAGAGAUGAAGGAGGUGACGCUCAUAUUAGAAGCCAUUGACACAUCUCAAGUUGCACAAAAGGGUUGUUUUCACUUUCAUUAGACCGAACGGAUUAUAAUGUACAAUAGACUAACUAACUUUGGUCAUAGAAGCUUGUAUACAUAGGUUUAGGACCAUUCUUUUAUUUUAUUUUAUUAUUCUUUGAGAAAUCAUUCUUUACAUUCUACAUAUUUUUAAUUUAAAAACCUUCUUUACGUUCGA